UCUCGAGUUUCAUGUUGUUCUUCACCAUCCGUUUAGUUUUGGUUCACCUCUCAUUAUUCCACACAUCUCCAUUACUAACUUCUUUUUCUUCUUAAGAAUCGCUAUUCUAGUACUAUUACUACUUGACAAAAAUGAGAAGCAAAUCCAUGACAAUUACGGACGAGUCAACGAGUCGGGUGGCUGAUUCAACAGUACCACCUGACACAUCAUCUCCAUCACUGUUUCAGAGAAUUUGUUGUUGUUGUAAUUCAGAUCUCAAAGAGCCGCCAGUUCAAUUGAUUAGAAGUGGUUCAUUAACAUAUCAACAAGGAGAUACACCAAAACCUGCAUCAGAUCCAACUUCAUCUCCUCCAACUAACAAUGUGAUUUCUGCAGCAAAACGAUCUGUAGACGAUGAUGUAGAGAAGCCUCAAACAUCUCAAAAACCACCUCAAAAACCGAGUGAACCAGAUGCAGAGAGUAUAAAUAUGAAUGAUAUAUUAAUGGAAAAUGUGUUAAAAACAACAGAAGAAGAUCGAACAGAAGCUGUUGAAGAAGAUAAUAUUUCAAUUUCAACAAAUGUUAUACAGGAAAUUGAUGAAAAUGAGCUGAAAAAAGCACUGAAAAAGUCUGAUGAAGCUCCCGCGUUGAAAGGAAGAUCUGGAAUUUCAAAGGAAAUGCCAUCUGGAUCAGAGGACUCGGAUGUAGAAGUGGAGGGUGACAACAGGAAAAUGUCAGUUAUCGAAUUUAUUAGAAGUGAAGCUCAAGCUGAAACAUCUGCCACUAUUUCAUCUCCUGCACCCGUGAAAGCAGCGCCUGUCGAAGGGAAUGGGGAAGAAGUUGAAAAUGGUUUUACCAAAAAUGAAAAAAUGUCUGAAGCAACACAGUCAGAAAUGUCAGAUUCUGAGGAUGAAGAGCGAGAUGAAGAUUCUGAUGUUGGAAAGCCGAUCAGUGUAGUUGGAAUGUCGUCAAAAACCACAGCUCGUGCUGAACGAACCCCUGACGCCGAGGAGAGAAGGAUCAGAGAAUUUAGAGAGUUGAGCUCUGAUGAAAGUUUGAAAGGAACUACCGAAGAUGAAGAAGAGGAAAUUAUUGUUGAUGAAAUCCCACCACCACUUCCACUAUCACCACCCCCAAACCUUUACGGACAAGUCGCCGGCUCUCCGAUCCCACCACCUCGUUCCCCUAGAAGAUCCUUGAUGUACGCAAAUGCAGAUGAAUCAGAUUCGGAUUCUGAUGAUGAGGGUAGUGGAGAUGCUCAUCUUGUUGCAGUAAAUGCUCUUGUUCGAAUGCAUCCGGUUAAUUUUGCUCCGCAUAGAGAAGAUGACAGGCAAUCUGUAUCAUCGGUUUCAACCGCUUCUGAUUUGUCUGAAAAAGAAAAUGGAACAGAUAUUGGUAUCACACGGAUUUCUGUCAAGAGUGAUGGCCGAGCAGAGAUCCAUUCCCCAAAGAGGCCAGUGCGCGUGACGUUGGAAACAGAUCGAAAUGAAGUCACUGAUGACGACUUUUCAGAGAAACUUAUUUGAUUGAAGAAAACAAAAACAAAUUUCUUUCUGAUGACCAAAGUAUUUCUUUUUUCAUAGUGUCCUGCAUAGUUUCUGUCACUUUCUAUUGUUGUUUUUUUUCUUUCAAAAUGAAAAGUCUAUUCUUAAA